CCCUUGUUCGAGCUGCUUAGCCCUCUGUUCAGUCCUUUACGCCGCGUGUUCGAGCCUCUGUUCAGCCUCUGUUCCGUGGCCUUUCAGCCACCGUUCCGCCAUUGUCCAACUCCAUUCAGCCAUCUCCGUCGCGAUUUAAAGCUCCUCCCUUUCCCUCUACUGUUUGAAUUUCAGAACUGCUCCAUCCUAUGAGACGGAACGAGAUCAUAUCCAAAUACGGACUUGCCGAGGGAUAUUUCUUUGCAUUUUGAUCAUUCCCUCUUGAUGUGGGAGUUCUAGUGCAAGUGGAGUUUUUCCUUUUUUCUGAGAUUUUGGACUCAAGUACCAGUGUGGAAUGGGACGGCAAAUAUGAUCCAAAAUUUUCAGGCAGCUGAUGUAUUCCUGCUAGCAUUCUCUCUCAUAAGCAGGGCUAGCUAUGAAAAUGUUGCCAAGAAAUGGAUUCCUGAGUUGAGGCAUUAUGCUCCUGGUAUUCCAAUUAUUCUUGUUGGAACAAAACUUGAUCUUCAGGAUGAUAAGCAGUUUUUUCUAGAUCAUCCUGGUGCAGCGCCUAUCACCACAGUGCAGGGUGAGGAACUGAGAAAACUUAUCGGUGCUCCAGUUUAUAUCGAAUGUAGUUCAAAAACACAGCAGAAUGUGAAAGCUGUUUUUGAUGCGGCCAUCAAAGUAGUUCUCCAGCCUCCAAAGCAGAAGAAAAAGAAGAGAAAGGGUCAAAAAACCUGUUCCAUAUUGUGAUCUUCUCAGUUCUAAAUUGGUAGUUGGCAGAGGAUGACAUGACUGUAGCCAUUUCUUGGUAGUCUUUGCCAUUCUAUAUCUUUGCUGCAUAACACAUGAUGGUGUUGGUGUUUCGAAAACAUUACUGAACCAAAUGUUCGGACGAGAGGGACAAGAAUCCGAGGAGGGUAUUAGUCUGCUCAUCAGCAGAAAGUUGCUGAAGCUGAUGAAUGGAGACGUGCGGUAUCUGAGGGAUGCUGGCAAAUCAUCUUUCAUCUUAACAGUUGAAUUGGCUGCUUCCCAGAAAUUGAUUGCUUAAAGUUAUAGGAAAAUAAAUACUUUUGAGUUUUUGUACAUCAUAGAGACUGACAUAGAUUAGUUGAGACAAAUUUUGUACAGAAGGCUCUUUCUUUUCAUUUUGAAGAUUGUCCAUUUUGGUUUCUUCCUUGUAUCAUUCCUUUGAAAGUGUAAAAAUAGCACAUGAAUGAAAGAAAGU